AUGCGUCAUUUGAUAAACUUGGCCAACAUUAGUAGCAGCACUCGUCUUGUCGGUACGGUGGUGUCUAAAAAGAUGGAAAAGACUGGUGUGUUACUUGUACCAAGAUACCAUUACAAUAACAAGUAUGGAGUGUUGCUCCGUAAAUAUAAAAAGAUAUUCUACCAUGAUGAAACAAACGAAACCGAUGUUGGAGAUAUUAUUCAAAUCAUGCAUCAAGGAAGAAAACUUUCCAAGAACAAAUCAUUUGCCUUUGAUAAUAUGAUUGUAAAGAACGUCGUCGCUAGUGGACUGAAACAACAAGCCCUUGAUGCUGCAGAAGCACAAAAGCUUCUUUUACAAAUUGAACAACAACUUCUCACGGAAAAUCCACUCAAGGUCAAGAUUAGUCAGGAAAGAAGUGCAGAAAAUGAUUCGACUGAACAAUAA